AUGGCCCACGAAGUGCUGCCGACCGACCAACUACAGAUUCGAACCCAACGACCACCACCACCCAAGGUGGAAGACUGCUCUCGGGAAUCAUACGUUCGAUGUGUUCGUCCACUGUACCUUCUUUCGAAAGUAUUCGCUCUCUGGUGUUUCACAGUGAAAUGGAAGAACCAUCCUCAGGCACGUCAAUCGGCGUUUCGAACGUCCCGCUGGUGCGUUCUGCACUCUCUCGUGGUGCUGAUGCUGUACAGCACAUUCCAUCUGUACACCAACUACGCGGACUCUUAUGGGAAGCCGAAAGACGGCGGUGUGGCAACAGAGUCACCCGAAACGACCGCUCGUGGGGAAGUGAAUUUCGUGUCCGUUGUGAUCGAUGUGUACAACCGUUACAGUGGACUGGUGCUGUUCUGGUUGCUUCACGCGAUGGCCUUCGUUCGCCGGCGUACCAUCGUCAACAUUAUGCAUGCUGUCCAAUGUAUUGAUGAACAGUUCCACGAUCGCCUAUCGAUUGCUCCCGACCAUGGCGCUUGGUGUAGAUUCGUUUGUUUGCACAUUGCGCUCAUCUUUCUGGCGAUUGGCCUGUGCGAGUGGUACAAUUGCGUCAUGUACAUUAGUGACUUUACUCCCGCCUCGGAAUACUGUAUCUUCCAGUGCCUGACCACGAUGCUGACGAGCACGACGGUCCAGAUCCAGUACGUAGCCCUCGUGCAGCUGAUUAAAACUCGCCUCGCCCUGAUCAGCCGCCUUCUGGUGGAGCUGGACGAUUAUGGGCGCGAGCAGGAAAACGCCCGCUAUGCUGCCCAAGUCCGGACCAUCCAAAAUCACACCGGAAAGCACUGCUACACGGAUUGGCCGUUGGUCGAAUUACGGCUCCCGUCGAUCAGUGAGUCGCUGUUCGGCGAGAUAACGCCAUCGUCGUCGUCGUCGUGCUUUCGGGUCGUGCCGACCGACGAACCGAGGAUUAAUACGAAUCCCGCUGUCAAACGCAGACAGCCAACCAGUUCUGACAGCUCUAGUGAACCAGCGAGCCACCCAUCAAUCGCCCGCGGCGGCAACGGCGUCGAGGAUCGACGGCGUUGGCACCAAAUCAAGCGGCUGAAGCAUAAAAUAAUUACGGUCGACCAGGCGCCUCCACUGGGCCGUCCGAGAAAGGCGCGCGCCGUGGCCGCGACCGAGGCAGUCGCGCCGGGAGAUAAAGGAAGCCGUCUGGUCGCGCGCCAAUUUCCGCUACUGGUUGCCAGCUUGAUGAAUUCACAAUCGAAAGCCUGCGAUCGCAUCAGAAUGAAAAUAAUUAAUGACAUUAAAAAUUUAUACACACAUUUGCAUUUAUUAUCGCUGAAUAUUAAUCAGGCGUACGGGGCGCAGUUGAUUUUCAUUCUGAUGACGCUAUUCGUUACGCUAACGACGCUGCUCUACCACUGCACCAUGAAGCUCCUGAGGAUGCUGCUGCUCGGACGCCAUGCGACGUUUGAAACUUUGAGGCCACUUUUCUGGGAAGUCCUAAGCACCCUGUCGUGGAUCUGCAUCGCCACCGUCAGCAUUCUGCGCAUCUGCAGCGUAUGUGAUUCGACGAAAAACGAGGUCCGUCAAGUUGGUAGCCUCAUUCACGGGCUAGGCUGGAACACGGAUUGCAGUUUCACAAAAUCGACGGUUCGAACGUUGUCCCUUCAAUUGCUUCAGCAGCGCAUCGAGUUUACUGCCGGCGGAUUGUUCGCCAUCGAUCAUGGGUUGAUGUUCAAUAUCGUUGCAGCGUUGGCCACUUUUUUGCUUAUCUUGGUACAGUUUGACAUCGCCCAAGGAGGAGACAAAUGGAAAACUUUGGAAGCUAGCGCUCGGAAUGGCACAGCAUUGUGA